AUGUUUAACAAUCCCACAUUUGUCCAAGGUUAUUUUCCAAAUGGUCAAGCUUUAUAUCUUCAGUCAAAUUUAAGUCAAUAUUUGGAAACAUCCUAUGUUAAUUUAACUUAUCGUAGUUGGACAGUGUCGCUGUGGAUGUAUGUGCUAAGCUUCAACACACAAGAUUCAAGUAUUGUUGGUGAAUGUGUCGGACCAGUACAAACGGACCACUGUUUGCAUUUAAAUAUACGUAAUAUGAAACUUUACAUGGCGUUUUAUAGCGAUGAUAUCUCAGGCACCACUAUAUUACAACUAAAUCAGUGGUACCAUGUAUCGUUUGUCUACGACUAUUCGAUUAAAGGAAAAUUUAUUUACUUAGAUGGAAUAUUGAAUGGAGUAUCUAAUUCACUUCCAGGAGGAACUUUUAAUGUAACAGUGGGAAAUUUAACUAUUGGUAGAAAUUUGGUUAUAAGGACGCCGUUAAAUUAUUUUAACGGAUAUUUAGAUUCACUGGUAUUUACUGACAGCGUGAGAACGGCUUGUGAUAUUAUGAAUGAUGCUACAUUAGCUGCUUAUUAUUCAAUGGAUUUGACAUUGGCAGACUCUGGUCCCAAUUCGUUAAAUGCUCAAGCAUCCGGUCAAACCAAUUAUAUGAAUGGUCAUAUGAAUCAAGCAUUUGAAUUUAAUUCUGCUAAUAGUUAUUUUCAAGCCGGUUAUGGUUUUACAUUUUUGGGUGUAAACAAUCAAGCAUAUUCAUUUUCACUCUGGCUAAAUCCAAUCGCAUUAACUGGAACAGUAUUGCAUGUAUCCAGUUUAAACACUGGUCUUGGUUGGUGUUUGCCUGUUAUAGGAUUUUCAUUGUCGGGUUCAAUAAUUGCACAAACACUUGAUUCUACAUUGAGUGUUAUUACUGCUCAAGGUCCUAUACUAGAUUUGAAUACUUGGACACACUUUGUCAUAACAUGGAGUUCAACAAAUGGUUUACAACUGUAUAUCAAUAGUCUCCUAGUAGCAACAGUCAGUGUAACAUCAUUUGCAGCUAAUAAUGGAACAAUAUUACCAAAAUAUGUCACUUUAGUUAAUCCAUUAUCGGGUGCAUCAUGUCAGCAACAGGGUUUAAUUGGUGCACCCGGUCAGUUCUUUGGACGAAUUGACGAAGUUUAUAUUUUCAGAAAAGAACUAACAACAGACGACGUUUGUGUUUUAUACUACUAUAAAUAA